UGCAAGAUCAAAUUUCCCUAACCAUGACCUUUCUGAAUGGACAUUUACUUCCGGCUGGUUUGAAACUUGAGUAAGACUGAGUGUGAUCUUCAAGGGAAGGGUGGUCAUGGGUAGCCAAGCAAGUAAACAGAUCUCCUUGUUUGGAACAGACCUCAUAGUAUGAUGGCUAACAGCCAGGCGAGGAAAAGGUUUCGGAGCAGGAGCCGAAGCAACUCUCAGAGCAGGCAAGAUGUGGAGGAGAAGGAGAAGAAAAGGAGGAAAAGCAGCAGAGAAUCUCAGGGGAGGAUGAGGAGUUUGUCUCCUGCCAGCAAAAGAGGAUCUGAGCCCCCAAGGGUCCAGAUGGGCUCAGCCUCCAGCAAAGAAGUGAAAAAGAAGAAGAAGAAAGAGAAGGAGAAGAAGAAGAGGAGAAGAGGCGGCAGCAGCAGCAGGAGCAGCGGCUCUUCCUCCGAGACCAGCUCCUUGUCUUCUGGAUCGUCCUCCUCUUCCGAUUCCUCUCCAGAUGUGUCAGGUGACGAUGAAUCCAACCGCAAAAGGAGGAAGCAGAGCAAGAAGAAGCUAAGCAAAGAGAAAGUUAAAAAGCAAAAGAAGAGGAGGAAGAGGAAAACCAAGAAGAAAGCAAAGAAUAAAUCAAAGGGGAGGGAGAAAGAGGGAGAAACAAAGGGGGAGGCGCUCCCUGGCCCUUCCCUGGAUCAGUGGCAGAAAGAGACGCUGGGAGACUCCGGGCCAGGUAAGAUCCUCCCCCAGGCAAGACUUAUUAAAGGUGAUGGCGAGGUCCUUGAGGAGAUCGUUACUAAGGAGAGGCAUAAAGAAAUUAACAAGCAAGCCACGCGGGGAGAUGGCCUUUCCUUCCAGGCGAGGACGGGGAUGCUGCAGUGAUAACAGAAUGGUCUUCAGAGAUGGUUUUAUUCCCGGCUGCAGAAGCUUUGCCGAAACCAGGCACUGCACUCCCCCCACCCAACACCCGUCCCCAUGGAAUUUGCAUGCCAGUGCCAUCAGGACUGAAAACUGCUGGGGCAGGAAGAUGCCCAGAUUCAUCAGCUCCUAGUACAAAUCCUUCUGUUUUGCAUUUCUCCCCUGUGAGGCUCUCCAAUUGCUGCCUCCAGCUUGUUUCCUCAUCAAGGCACCUCCCUUAGCAGUGAAAAUAAUUAUCCCAAAGCAAAGGGGAAGUGAGCAAAAACAGAAGACCCAGGUCACUGGAAAGGAAGCAAUGGAAGUCUGACGACAAAUGCUGUGGAGAUCUUUUACUGCUCUGCCUGCCUCCGAGGCAGAUGGACCAGGUGCAAAGUGGGCUGGAGGCUUCUGGUUUUGAUCUGCUUGCCUCUAUCCUGUGUGGGAGGGGACCUUUUUCUAAAGCUCAGCCCAGCUACUUCCCAGCUGGCUUCUUGGUGUCUAGGCUCUGAAACCUCAGCAUCAAGGGGUGAGGAAGCAGCUAGGGUGCAACUCUACAUCUGCUGCAGUAGGAGGAGCACCAGCAGCAGCUGCAACCUACCUCCUCCUCCUCCUCCUCAAGGCUGAGGGCGUUUCAUGCUCUUAGGUUCUGCUGCGAAGAGUUAGAGCAGGGUAAGGGCAUGCCGUUCUCACACAGCUCCACUCUUGCUGUGCCCCACCUCUAGCUAAUCUCUUGCUGAGCAGCAUCUGCUCAGGUGUGGGGCUUGGUGAGGUGGCUGGUCAGCCAUGUUCUGCUGCUACCUCACCUUUUCUUGUGCUCUAGCCUGACAUAACUCAGCCUCUGCUUAAGGGCAGAAGGGCACCAUAGUGGUGAGAUCGGGAUCGCGCUUCAGGCUGUUCUGGUUUCCAGCUUCACACUUAACACCUAUCUAAGAUAGGAACAGGAAUGCAUUGAGGCUUCCUUAACAGGUCCAUGUGGUAACACUUUUCUGCUGCAGCGUUAGCUAGAUAGGAUGCAUUAAACUCUGGAUUCUGAAAAGUGCUGACACCUGCUGUGUUCACAGGAAAUUCAAAGCCUUGACCCUUUACGGGCGCCACACAAUUUGCUUCCUUGCUAGAGGGCCCUUGUGUGUCCUUGUGCCAACAGCUAUGCAACUGGCAAGCAUGUCAUCCUUUCAGGAGUGACUCUGUCCAUGCUGCUUAGCUUAGUUUCCAGGCUCCAUUUGGGCAGAUUAUAUAUUUGGUGUAUCUCUGUAUGCCAGGGGUAGCCAAAUGUUUUUGGCCCAAGUGCCAAACAUUGCCAAUCCUCUGAGGGUUGCAUGCCCAUGACACACCACACACACAUACACAAUCACACAGGUACACAAAACAUCUCAAUCACUAUGAUGGUUAUUUCCUUAUUGAAGCACUGGGCUAGGUGGAGAGGUUUAAAUCUCUGUUCUCAGGGCAACACUGUGGUAGGGUUGUUGCAGAGGUUUAAACUGUGCAUGUUACUGGCACGAGCAAUUGAUUAAGUUUGGGGGGACGACGAGACAGGCUAAAAUGCCAAAAAUGUCUGGGGUGGGGGUGGGGGGAGAAGCCUGCUGAUUCUGCCAGAGACCCUUAGAGCAACAGUGUCCUUGCUAGGAUGCGAGACCUCACACCCACCCCUUUCCUUAGAGGGUGUGGUAAGGGAAUUGAUAAGCAGCUCUCCUGAGGCAACACUGUGUAGGAGCUGGACAUGGUUGUUUGCUCACCAGCUUUUGGUAAACAAACAAACGUCAGUCAAGCAUGUUUGUGUGAAAUUCAUUUUAGUUAUAUCCUGUUAAUUAUUUACCCAGUGCUGAACAAUAAUCCACGCUUUGGCCUUACUCCUCCAAAGAAGAGCCAAGCGAAUGAAUUGUUGCUUUAACUCUUUUUCAUCGAAACUAACAAAUCAUUUAAAAAAAUGCUUCACUUUA